AUGAAAACGUUCGUGAAUGGGAAGAUCUGGCAAUGGGCAGAGACCACCACCUCCGUCGUUGGAGCGUUCGCACAGUGGAUGACAGUGUCGGACGAUGGUCUCAUUGUGUCCGUGGGCUCCGGAGCUCCCCCUCCUGCUGACGAGACAGAGGAUCUCCAUGGUGCGCUGGUGCUGCCGGGACUUCAUGACUCGCACAUUCACGUCGCCAUGUUGGGGGAGAGCGCCGAGUGGCUCGAUCUAUCGGGUUGCACGUCCUAUGAAAACUUCACAGAGCGUCUUAAGAGAUACGACUCUCAGUACCCCGACAAGGCCUGGGUUAUAGGCAUCGGCUGGGCACAGGACGAGCUCUCGAGUGACGCUCGAUACCCAAGUCGACACGACAUCGACGCCGUGAUCAGAGACCGACCCGUCAUUUUACAUCGCGCGUGUUGGCACAUUGCAGUGGUGAAUACAAAGGCACUUGAGAUUGCGGGGGUGGAUUUGGACGCCAAGAGUCAUGAUGUGGAACACGGAGCGAUCGACGUGGACGAGAAGGGGGCGACAGGCGUAUUGAGAGAAGAUGCGGUGCAGAUUGUGGAGAAGCACGCGAACGAGCCGUCUCUGGACCUUCGUGUCAAGUAUUUAAAGAACGCGUUUGAGAGAUGUGUGCGGGCGGGUUUGACUGCUGUGCACACGAACGACGAGGAUGCGUGGCAGGUGUAUACUAAGCUCCAAUCGGAGAAAAGGUUGCCAGUUCGAGUGUACCUGACGCCAUCAGCUUACGAACUGGGCAAGCCCUCGACACCCAAACCAGGAGCUUGCGAGGGACUUGUGUCGUGCCACCGCAUGAAGAUUUUCAGUGACGGGAGUCUUGGAGCGGAAACAGCGGCACUGCGUGCUCCAUACAAAGGCACGAGUAAUAGGGGGAUUCUCAUGAACUCUGAUCAAGAUCUGAUCAAGAAGAUUAGUGACGCCAGUUCUGCUGGGUAUCGCGUCGAAAUCCACGCCAUCGGCGACCGAGCGGCGGAGCAAGUACUGAUGGCUCUUAAGGCAGCCAACGUGGGUCCGGAGAAGCGUCCGAUCCUCACGCAUUGUCAGAUUCUAGGUGCAGAUCUGAUCGCCCAAAUGCGAGAGCAAGGCGUCAUCGGCAACAUCCAGCCGUCGUUUACCGUGACCGACGCAUUGUACGUCCGCAAACGUCUGCAGGAUGACGUUAUCCCGUUCUCGUACUGUUGGAAGCGCAUGCUGGACAGUGGCGUCGCUUGUGCUGGAGGAAGCGAUGCCCCCAUCGAGACCUGCAAUCCCUUCCAAGGUAUCUACGACGCUAUCUAUCGCCACAAACCCAAUCGACCCGAGGAGGUUUUCUUACCGGAGGAGCAGCUGUCGUUCAACGAAGCUCUUGCGCUCUACACGAGAGGUGGUGCUUUCGCAGCGAUGGAAGAGAAUGCUCUUGGCCAGCUCUCACCAGGUUUCCAAGCCGACUUUGUGGUUCUUCGCUACGAUGUGAGUGAAAACCAUGCGGCACUUGUGAUGUCCGAUCUUGUGGAGAGUGUUUGGGUGAAUGGAAAGCAGACGUACCACAACAGCCUACUGCCGGGUAAGAAUGGUCCCUUACGCGUGUGUCGAUGCUGUAGGUGA